GAAGUGCAUGAGACAGCAUUCAGUGCACGAACUCUAGAGAACAAGAUCAACUCUGAGCUCUUUGCUUUUGCUUUAUUCAUGGAUUCUAACCUGGGAUUGUACUUUCACUGCAUGACGACCUACUUCCAGAUCCAGUGCUGAGCUCUAUAUGAAGUGAAUGGACUCAUACACUUUUGUGUAGAAUUUAUCUUUGAGUUUUAAUCUAUAUAUUGACCUAUGCAAUGCAAAAGGGUUUCUGUCUUUGGAUUGUUCAGGCUUGGAAAGCCAUGAGAAAAUUUUGCAAGUGAAAACACUGUUGAGAUUCAAAACUAGGGCGCUUUGGACCAGUCCCAGCACCUGGAGUACCAGGACAGUUUGGAUUCUCCUCUGUGGACUUGAGCUGGUGCUUCGGGUCUUUUACAGGGAGAUCCCUUCAAGGUAUGGUUCUGGACUCUGCGCUCAGGAGCGGUUCCAAGGCUCCUUCAGUCUGCAUCUUUCUUAUUGGGCGGAACCUUGACAUUGGAAGGAGAUGAGAACCUUAUUCUGCUGCUUUCUGCUCCUCACCUCGCACCUUCUGCUGGCAGCUGCUGAGAAGGAGUUUGCAAUCCCUCCAGAUUUCCUCGACAGACUGUCCCACAGCGAAAUCAACAGCAUCAGCGACCUCCAGCGGCUACUGGAGGUAAAUUCCCCAGGUCCUGGAAAUGAGGUGAUUGAGGAGGUCAAACAGAAGCACCAUCAGAAGAGCCAUCACUCACACAAGGCCACUUCCUCAGAUCUCAAGAGUCUGCAGCUGUCCCACAGACGGAAGAGGAGUGUCGUAGAGGAAGCGGUUCCUGCCAUGUGCAAGACACGGACAGUGAUCUACGAGAUCCCCCGCAGUCAAGUGGAUCCCACCGCUGCAAACUUCCUAAUAUGGCCUCCGUGUGUGGAAGUGAAACGCUGUACAGGCUGUUGCAACACUGGCAACAUGCGCUGUCACCCCUCCAAAAAACAGCACCGUACUGUCAAGGUGGCGAAGGUAGAGUUUGCAUCACGUAAGAGAGCAAAAUUGAAGGAGGUGCUUGUCCGGUUAGAGGAUCAUUUGGAAUGUGUUUGCACAUCACAGCAUCACGUGAUCGAGCAUGCGGAAGCAGACACAGUGGACAUGAGGUGAAACCACAUCAAGCGAGCGAUUGAAGGACAACAGUGGCUACGUAAUGCUCCAGCAGCACUGGGACUUUGACCUCUGAACUAUUACCCUACUGACCCCAUUGCAGUUCAAAAAAUAUAUAUACUGUAUCCAGAGGAACAUUGUACACAAACACAAUCCCAAAGGUGCUUUCUACAACUCUGUCGAACACUGAAGACAAACAAGAUUGCUAUUCAGUUAAUUAUUAAGUGGUCAAACACUGGGCGGAAAAAGUGAAAAGGACUAUGUUUGUGUCGAUUCUCUGUUGUGUAUUUAUACGACUCUUGGAAAGGUCAAAGAUGAGGAGAAAGUCUUUUGGAGAACACUAAAUUUGUAGAGACCAUGAACUUCACAUGCUUGUGUUUGGAUCAACUCAUGCAGGAGUCAGGAUGUCCCUGAAGGAUGGACUAAUCAUUGGACUUCAAUCCUCAUUCACAAAGACGAUGAACAUAUUAAAGGAUGUGCUGCCAUAUAACCUUGCUAAAAUGGAAGACGAUUUUCUGUUGUUCUCUGCCUUAGUCCUCAUGGGUCCAGAACAUUGAAACUGCUAUUUCCAAUGUGCCUCUACAAAGUUUUGUCCUUCCGAAGAGUUCACAUGCCUGUCUGUUAACAAAGACUUACAGAAGGCAGUGUAAUGCAGUCAUUAUGCCAGAAUAAAGUAUUUAUGUAUGCGA